CCGGGCGCUAGGAGUCCCAGAAGUAGCGGAUUUAAAAACUUUCUGUCCGCAAGUGUAGUUGGUGGAAAUAGCGCCUCGCGAAGAGUCCCCGUGGCCGGUAAAAGGGGAGAAAGCAUGGCUGUUUAGACCCUCGCGAAACCUUCCGCCUCCUGCACCGCGAAGCUCCGCAGCUUUGCGCUACAACACUAUUCAGAAACUAUGGGGUCUUCAGGUGUUCUCACAAUUCUUUCAUCCAGCCAGUGCACGCUUUGUGCUUUUGAACAAUUUAAUCGCAGCAGACGACACAAUGGCGGCAUCGAUCCUUCGCAGGAAAAUUCCUCCCAUUUCCACGGGCGAGCUCGGCGCUCCCCUUCUCCGACGGGCUAGCCGCAGCCAAUCACGGCCCGGCACGGGGGCGGAGCCUGCGGAGAGGCAGCGCUUAAUUGGUGAUGGUCACUCAGAUUGGAUGACAGAAAAAGUCGAUUUGUCUUCGUUUGUGUCGACGACCGAGUCCUCUCCCUGCUCGUCUCUUCCUCCGUCGCCGUUAGAGGAUGUCAAGGUGCCCUCGGAUCUGGAGGUCAUGACCUCUCUACUGCAGGAGGAGCUGGCUCAGCUGGAGGACUACUUCCGCUCCGAGUCCACCACCGCCACCAACAAGUUGGAGAAACCCUCAAAAUGUGACAAGGGCGCCCAAGCCAUGGGCUCCCAGUCCUACUACCAGCUGCCCUACGGCUCGUACGGGACCGGCCAAUCGGAGACCAGCCCCGUGGUCGUCACCUUGGCCACGGGGGAGCUGGACCUGGCCGGCUUCUGCGGCGGCCCCGUCGGCAGAACCAAAAUAGCACGACCCGCACCAUACAACUACCACCACCGCUACCACCACCACCACCACAACAGCAGCCCCAACAGCACCACCAACGGCCGGAGGAUCAUCAGCGAGGCGGCGAAGGUGGGCGAGGACGUGGGGCUGGACGCGUGGGGUCCGAGGGGCAGCUACUCAGGGAGCGCGGAGCUGUCGGCGAACCACUACUCCACGCUGAAGACCGUGGGCAAGGGCUGCCUCGGCGGCGUCAAGAAGGCGAGAGAAUGUGUGUCGUUGAAGGCAGAGGAGAGCUACUGCUUCUCCGAGGGGAUGUUUUGCAGCGAGGAGAUCGCGCGGGGCUUCUGCCUUGGCGGCGGAGGUGGCGGCUCGUACGAUGGCCACCACAAGCGGGGGGAGGGGCAGUCGAUGCACAACGUGAAGGUCAACGUAAGUUACGACGGCGCGGGGCUGGAGGUCUUGCACUGCGGCAAGGACGCGGGACUUUCCGGGGGGAUCCCCCAAGAGACAAUGGCGGCCGGCGACGGCUACUUCCACCACCACCACCACCAGUCGAUGGCCGGCACGGAGCCUUACCAUAGCUUUAUAGGAGACCUCGACCCGCCGCCACAAGCACAGGCCGUCGAGCCCCAGCACGGCCACUACCUCUACCCAGAAUGCCUUGCGGACCAAAGCUACGAAUGUCUGUCCAGAGGGGAGGGCGAGGGCACGCUGAUGGGCGGCCCCAUCCACCGGCCCACCCAGAGGCUAAAGGACGAGACCUGCUCCGCCGGCAAACCGCCUCUGGUGAUGGGCGCCGGUUCUCCGACGGAACCCGUCACCGGAGAGAGGAAGCAGAAGAAGAGAGACCAGAACAAAACCGCUGCUCACAGGUACAAAUAUUACGUUUUUAUAAAUGAUUAUUCUGCACGAAUAAACCUUCAAAAGCAUUUUAAAAAAUGAAGUCUUAGGUUUUUUACUGAUCAUAUUCUUGUUCUUUUAAGGUAAAUAUUAUUCUGCGUGCUUUAACCUUCAAAAUAAUUUAAGAAAUUAGUAUUAAAAGUUUUUUU